AUGGCGCCGCCCAGCGCCUGGUCGCAGUACAAGGAGGCGGUGCUGCAGGUCGCCACGACGUCCACCGCCACGUGCCAAGCGUGCAGCGCCAAGAUCAGCGCCGGCCAACUGCGCCUCGGUGUCAUGUACCUCCACGUCGACGGCUUCAUGCUCAUGGAGUGGGUCCACGUCUCGUGCGAGCCGUCGCUGCCCGCCGCCUUCGACACGAUCUCGUUCAUCGAGACAGGCGUCGACCCGGACCACGCCAAGCGCAUUCUCAGCUGGGUCUCGAUCUGCAAGACCAAGCCGUCGACGGCCAAGGAAAUCUACGAGCUCGAGACGCACCAGAUGAGCCGCAGCCGAAAGAUGACCGCCUAA